UUGUCCGUUCUGUGACUUGUCCGUUCCAUGAGUUGUCGGUUCGUGAACUGACGUCGAGCAAAAUUAGAACGGAUAAUUCACGGAAUGACCAAAACCAGCACGACACGGAUAAAAAUUAGGAAAAUUAACGGAAAGACUUGUGUCGAUUUGUCAAAUUAUUCCCUUCUUGACAUUUUUACAUUUUCUUCUCUUUUUAACACUUUGACAUUCUCCAUGUUAAUUCUGCGUUAUUUCAAAAUUUAUUUUUCUCUGCUCUCCUUCUCUUUUCAACUUUAAAGUUCUCAUCUUUACUCUUUACUCUAUUCUGCCAAAUCCAUAUUUUGCCAAUAAGGCUAAAAAUUUACAUUUUGCCAACACAACCUUUUGACAAAAUGUAAGUUUUUAGCCUUAUUGGCAAAAUAUGGUUUUGACAGAAUAUGUGACACGAAUCUCUGAAUCCUUAAUGAAGCGGAUUCUUUUGAUUUGAAAAUCAAAGUCUCAACCUUUAAGCCCAUCUUUUCUUCUUCUCCCUCUUUUCUGAAAACACCCUUUCUUGCCCUUCAAAUCUUCCCCAAAUAAAUUCAUUUAAGCAUUUGUUGAUGAUCAUUUCUCCACAGCUUUAUUCACCUCCUAACACCAACAAAGCCUUUAGGCUUCGAUUGCUUUCCUUUCUCUUCACUUUGGCCAUCAAGGCA